ACUAAGUCAUGAUUAUGAGAAAAGGCGGAAACGGGCUUCCUCAGAAUCAGCGCUGCCGCUGCUCGUGCCGCUCUGGUAGAGAGGGACGGAGUCGGAUUCCGCCCCCUGUCACCGCUUCACCCCUCUCCGCCUUAACGAAGUGCCGAAGAACGUCCAGCCACCUGGGUUCUGCUGUGGAGACUCGAGUCACUUUAUUGAGCUGAAAAGAGCUGAUCGGCUCCUAAACGUGGAGCUAAUAUUUGAGCAAGACGAGCGGAUCUCCGAGCUUUAGCUUAGCCAAGUUAGCGGUAUGCGGUGAAGAGUGUAGCCGUGAAGGGACGCUCAGCAGGCAGGUCGGGCGGACAAACCAAGCCUGCCGCCGCCCGGGCCCAGGUUUGUUGUAGUACAUGCGCCCGACUACACCAAACGUCGGGAAUGAGUGCAUAGCUACGAUCUCAGCAGCUGACGAUGGUUUUCUCGAGUGCGAGUGGAGGACACAGUAGCAGAAGGAGUGAAGAUGGUUAUGCUGCAGAUGAUCUGAAGCUGGCCUUGCUCCACCACUGAAGCCAGUAUGAGUGAGGUCCAGGCCACUGUGGAGUUCUCUGUAGAGCUCCACAAGUUCUACAACGUGGAUCUCUUCCAGAGAGGGUUUUAUCAGGUACGUGGCAGUAUGAAAGUACCUCCAAGGACCCCUCACAGAAUAGAGGCCAGUCUUCUUCAACCCACAAGUUCAGAUCUGGCCUUCCCUGCCUCAGUGCAGGAUGACGUCAUCUGCAGCAAAACCUUUCAGAUCCUCUACAAGAAUGAAGAGAUAGUCGUCAACGAUGUCCUCAUAUUUAAGGUGAAGAUGCUGCUGGAUGAGAAGAAGGUGGAAGAGUCCCUGAACGAGAUGGACUUCCAGCUGUCUCUGGACCUUUACUUCACAGAUGGCGACUACACGCCAGAGGACUCCAGCUCUCUGCAGAGCAUCAGCAGCCGGACCUUGCGCUUGCACUUUAGCCUCCACAGAGGCAUCCACCAGCACGUCAACGUCAUGUUUGACUACUUCCACCUGUCUGUGAUAUCUGUCACCAUCCACGCCUCUCUCGUGGCCCUGCAUCAGCCCCUCAUCAGUUUCCCCCGGCUGGUUAAAAGCACCUGGCUAAACCGCAACGCACCAGCACAGAGCAAAGACUCCCUCAUCCCUGCUCUGGAAACUGUGGUGUUUGGCAGCAGCUAUGUCAAGCAGAUUUCCCCAGAUGGAAAGACCUUCCUGGUGUCAGACCAGUGUCUGCAGCACGCCUUCACCUUGCACCACAGCCUGUGUGCCAGCCUGCUGUUGGCCUAUCGGGGCCUCUUCGAGUACUUCAUGAAUCUCACCAAGAGCCUCCCGUCUUCUCACCGCAUGGAGCUUGCCAAGCCCAGCAUGCAAGUCCUUUAUGAACGAGUUCUAAGAAGACCUUUCCCCCGAGGCCAAAGGCACGUCUACAUAGAAAAACUGGAUGUGGAAGCCCGCCUUCAAGAGCUUUGCGAACAAGUCAAGCAGAGAGCGGAGAGCCCGGACGAGCUGGCUGAACUAGUGAACAUGAACCUUGCACAGCUGUGCUCUCUGCUCAUGGCGCUGUGGGGUCAGUUCCUGGAAGCGGUCGCUCUGCACGAGAGUAUCUCGACGCUGCUGGCUCAGGAGCACCACACCUUGAGGGUACGGAGAUUUGCUGAGGCUUUCUUUUGCCUUGAACACCCAAGACAGGCAGCACUGGCUUUCCAGGAAUUGCACGCGCAUAGCCACCAACAGAUGACUGCAGCUAUUAAGAACUCCUCGUACUUCCUUUCCCUCCCGCCGCUUCCAGUGGAAUGUGCUGACCUGGACGGAGAUGUGAACUCCCUGCCAGUCAUCUUUGAGGAUCGAUAUCUGGAGUCUAUUACAGAGGAUCGUGAUGGUCCAUGGCUUGGCCUGCACAACUCCAGGAGUGGUUCUGUGUCUAGUAAAGCAGAUAAGCCCAAUUCUAAAGAUUUGGGUGCUGGAAUAGGUGCUCUCAGCCCAGAACUCCCACAAGCUGCCCUGGCCACCAACUGGCCUGAACAGAAUGAGCCUCCUAUCAAAUCCAAGGCCAAGUCCAUCAAGCUGAAGAAGAACGCCAAGACGGAAAACGCAAAGAAGCUGAUCAGGCAGAGCUCAAAAGACUCAGUGGUUCUGACAGGCUACAAGAACCUGAAGGUUCCUCCUAGUGAACCAGCAGGCAGGCCCAAAGAGCAAGCUGGCGAACCUAAGUGCAAUCAGAAAGAGGAGCGGGACGACAUGCCUGGAGAUCCCAGCAGCCGGUUUAAAAACAUUCAUCAAAAUGACACUACAACCACUCUCACUAUAGACUGUCUUAUGAACGACAGCCAAGCUGACACUGGUAUCCAGAGGGACAAUUUCACAAAUCUUUUAAGCUUGCAAGCACAGGCCAGGCCCCAGGCAGGUCCUGGAGCAGGACACACAGAGAGCAAAGCAGCACAUGGAGUCGACCUGACUGUGCCACCCGCUGGGCUUCGACAUAUUGAGGUCAAACCUAGCGACAAGAACCCCUACCAGGGCGAUAAGGUCACCAUCCUGUUACCGUGCUCCUAUGAUCCUGCCCCCAAGAGGGGUGUUCCUGAGAUCACACAGACAGACUGCUGUGAGUCCAAGCCUCAAAGCAGGGAGAAUCAGAGUGGGGCAGGGACCACAGAUGUGGGUCUGCUGGGUGGUUGUGCCAUGGCAUUGAGGAGCGACAAUGUGCCAAGCGCCUCUUCGCGCCUCUCUGAUUCAGGCAUCGAGAGCGAACCUAGUUCUGCCACCCAGCUGGCACCGGGGCCACAGACUUCCUCCACUCUGACUGGGGUGGAUCUAGACUGGGUUCCAUUACAGGGCGAACCGACCCCUCCGAGUGUUGCCCCCAAGUUGCCUCAGCUCAGUCCUGCAUCAAAAGCUUCUACGGUGCCUGAGGUGCCGAACCCCGAGAGUACCAGUGGCAUAAGUGGCGUCCAGUCUUCCCUGACCUCCAUAAACUCGCUCCCCUCAGACGACGAGGUGGAGGGCGAGGCUGUGGGGAGGAAAUCCAGUGUCAUCGUGCAGGAGCAGGCACUGGUUUUCUCUGGAGGAGCUGAUAUCCGCCUUCCGUUCUGUGCCACCAUCCCCACCAGGCCUUCACCUCUCAGAGGAGCCUCCAGCCAUGGAGAUGAUUCGGUGUUCCUUAAGGAGGAGGCUUCGGUUCCUCUGUCCCUCUGCGAAGCUGUUGCUACCGACAAAACGGAGUCUGCUGACCUUGGGCCACCUGCUGGUGGAGGUGCUGGGCCGGAGGUCUCCGGCGAUCUGCAGACCGCGGCACAGUCUAGCACCUCAGCCACCAGCAGCACGGACCUGGUGAAGAAGGGUUUGGUUGAGAAUUACUUCGGCUCGCGCUCUAGCACCGACGUUUCCGAGAUCAGCCCUGUGGAGACAGCUGCCAUUACGCUGGGCAUCCAGACUGGCCCCCACACCGCUGAGGAAGAGGAGGACGAGGAAGAGCAGGAGCAUGAGAUGAUCGAGAACGGCUACUAUGAGGAGACAGAUGGGCCGGUCUCUGUCAACGGUCUGCCAGAGGAGGAUGGAAGAAGCGGAGAGGGGGAAGGUGGCCAGGGAGCAGAGGCACGCCUCUACGAGCAUCUGGGUUUGGAGCAUCUUAGGGAAGCGUACUCCCCACGGACCUGCCAGCAGAGCCGGCCCUCCAAAACGGCGCUGACCAGCAGCAACCUUCGCUGGUACGAGAGCGCCCCCCCUGCCCAAAUGAAAAUGUUUGUUCAGGCGAAAGAGGAGCUGAAGCAGCUGAAACUGCCAGGUUUCCUGUACAGUGAAGUGGCAGAUCUGGCUUCCACUGUGCCGUAUUUCAGCCUGGAUGAGGACGAGAGUUGUGACGAGGGUGUUCACCUCAUCGUGUGUGUGCAUGGGCUGGACGGUAACAGUGCGGAUUUGAGGUUGGUGAAGACCUACCUAGAGCUGGGGUUGCCUGGAGCACGUAUAGACUUCUUAAUGUCAGAGCGCAACCAGAAUGAUACCUUUGCUGAUUUUGAGUCUAUGACCGACCGACUUCUGGAUGAAAUUGUGCAAUACAUACAAAUCUACAAUCUAACUGUUUCCAAGAUAAGCUUUGUUGGUCACUCUCUGGGGAACCUGAUAGUGCGCUCGGUGCUGACGAGGCCCAGGUUUAAGUGCUAUCUCAGCAGACUGCAUACCUUCCUGUCGCUGUCCGGGCCUCACCUCGGCACCCUCUACAACACCUCAGCCCUUGUGAAUACCGGGCUGUGGUUCAUGCAGAAGUGGAAAAAGUCCGGCUCGCUGCUUCAGCUGACCUGCCGUGAUCAUUCAGACCCUCGGCAAACGUUCCUCUACAAGCUGAGCAAGAAAGCAGGUCUUCAGUUCUUUAAGAACGUGGUGCUGGUAGGCUCUCUGCAGGACCGCUAUGUGCCGUAUCACUCGGCUCGCAUUGAGAUGUGCAAGACAGCCUUAAAAGACAAGCAGACAGGUCCAGUGUACGCUGAGAUGAUCGAGAACUUGCUGGUACCAGUGCUUCAGAACAAAGACUGUAAUCUGGUGCGCUACGAUGUGAUUCAUGCACUGCCCAACACCGCCAACUCUUUGAUCGGCCGGGCGGCCCACAUCGCUGUUCUGGACUCUGAGAUUUUCCUGGAGAAAUUCUUCCUGGUGGCAGGACUAAAGUUCUUUCAAUAGCCCGUUAGAACAGAAGAACAAGGCGCGAAUACCUCAACACCCUGACAGACAUUCAACAGCGUAUCACUAUUUUUUUAUGAUUUUAAAUAUGCCUUUGCCUUCGUGUCUGGGGUAAAGAAAACUAUAUAUCAGUGUUUUUACGUUUUGUUCUUUAUUUGGUUUUUAUUUUAGUCUGUUGUGAAUGUGAAAUUCAUCACUUUUAUUUUUGUACUGC